GAGGGGUUUCGAGUAAUCGUACAGCAUGCAGCGAAAUCAAUGAAGGGAAGCGAAUGUGUAGAUUUAAAAGACGCAUAUAAACAAUCCAUACGAGUAACUGGAUAGACCAGCAAGUCCAAACAGAUGCUUGUUGAAAAAAUAUGAUGAAGCUUUGGAUGAUUUCACUGUUUGCUCUGACUGUCAUGGGAGCCAAGACAGGGAAUUACCUCGUGAUCACUCCUGAGGAAGCUGUGAGAGGAGAGGUUUACCCUGUAACUGUCACCAACUACAGGGAGGAGGCAGCAGAUGUUACAGUUCAGAUUGCUUCAAUGAGUGGGCCAUAUGCAAAAAAGAUGGUUGCAGGGUUAAUUCCAGCCCAAAAAUUUCUGAAGCUGGACAUUGAGGUUUCUGAUGAGUUCACAGGUGAAUUCAAUUUAACCGUGAACCUGACUUAUCAACAGUCGAAAAUGAACAUUUUGAACUCAACAACAGUGCCUAUUAAGGAAGCAUCUGGUUUUCUGAACAUUCAAACAGACAAGAAGAUGUACAAGAAAAAUCAGAAAGUUCUGAUCCGUACCUUGGCCAUUGACAGAGACUUGAUGCCAAUGAAUGAAAAUGUUACUAUAUUUAUCAAGGAUCCUCAAGGAAACAGAGUGGAAAUGUGGAAGAAUUUACAGCCCAAGUCAGGUGUGACCCAGGCAGAAUUCCUUCUUUCUGAUGACCCAGCUAUGGGAGACUGGUCAAUCUACGCAGAGCAACGCCACAGUGACAAAGAGACUAUUACAUACAUGGUGAAAUUUACAGUCGACAAGUUUGUUUUACCACGGUUUGAGGUGAGUGUGGUGGGACCAACCUCACUGUAUGCUCGUACCCAAAAACCGUUCAAUGUCCAAGUCACUGCCAGAUACACAUAUGGAGAGAAUGUGGUGGGGAAUGCCAGACUCCACAUAACUAACGGGAAUAUAGAAAUGAACAAACCCUACCAAGAUCUAACAGAGGGAACCACCAUCUUUACCUUGCAGCCUCAGGAGAUGAAAACCACAGGGUAUAACACAGUUUUGAAGGUCAAAGCCAUAGUGACUGAGGGUUCCUCCAAAAUUGAAUUGGAGGAGGAGACCACAAUCCCACUAACCUAUCACAUGUUUAAGGUGGAAAGAAUUGGUGAUGACUAUUUCAUCCGUGGGGAUCCUUACCACUAUUGUGUGUUGGUCACCAAUGACAGGGGUCAGCUGAUUCCAGCAGAGGAGAGACAGAAUUUUCAACUGCAGAUUGUUAGGGACCAAAAUGCAAAAGCUCUACAGUAUGUGAAACUGUCUAGUAUGAUGGUGACGAAUGGAAAACAUGUGUACUGUGGAACAGUGAAUCCACCAUUUGAAAGUUCCAUAUCUCUGCAGUUGACUGUUAAGGGACUUGAUUCGACGCAGCUUUCCACGACCAUAUAUGCUAAUAUCUACGAGGUGACUACUUCGGAGAAUAACACAGCUGGAUCACUCGGACUGAUGCUUUGGAAUGAGCAGCAAAAUCAACUGGCCCUCUCCGACAAGUUCAAUGUCGGAGAGGUUGCAAAAUUCAGAGUGUUCAAAUCUACCCAAGCUUCUACCAACUUGAUUGUCUUUUAUCAGGUUUUCAGUAGAGGGCUGUCCCUGGCCAAUGGUAUGGUAGACUUUGGACAGGGUAAUACCUCCACCCUCUCUGUGACAACCACACGGGCGAUGUCUCCCAUGGCAGCAGUGGUAGUGUACGCUGUAUCCAAUGGCUACGUGAUAACAUCGAUGCAGAAAAUCAAAAUUAACCUCAACUUAAAUUCCCAGGUUACCAUGACUUAUGGAGCUUCACGUGCCCUAGUGGGGUCUGAUAUUACCCUGGCGGUGACUACGCCUGAACCCUAUUCAUUCGUGGCUCUGGUGGCUAUUGACAAGGGAUCUGAACUUCUGGGGUCGCCCAACGACAUCACAGAGACAGAGGUUUUAAAGGGCUUAGAACUUUACACAAUGGGAACGGAUAAUCAACCAUCAGGUCCAAGAAUUAUGCAGAAGAGAAGCUUCAUGCCUUGGAAUAUGAUUGAAUAUUCAACAGAGAGGAUUCUCAAUAUGGUUGGAGUGCAGUGGAUGACAGAUGCUAUUGUACAUAGAGAACAGCACCCUAUUCUUCUUGAUGACGGAGUUUUUAAGAAUCAAGCUGCCAAUUUUCCAGAAGUCUUAGAGGCAAUGCCUGAUAUUCAACAAAAGUCGCCAGAUUCUGAAUCUGCAGGAGAUACCAAAGUUCGUAAAAACUUUCCCGAGACGUGGAUCUGGCUGGAUGGAGAGAGUGGCUCAGAUUCCAGAUUUGGUGUUCAGAAGACCUUGCCAGACUCUAUCACAUCAUGGGUGACUCGUGCCAUUGUUGUUAGUCCUUCCACGGGUUUACAUAUACCAGAUGUUACACAGAUUGAAAGCUUUAAGUCAUUUUUCCUUGUCAUUGAUACUCCACCAUCUAUAAUACAAGGAGAAGUGUUCGAAGUGAAGCUCUUGGUGUUUAAUUAUAUAGAGACAGGUCCUGAAAAACUGCAGGCCAACGUGUCCUUGAUGGGAAAGGUAAGGAAUACAGCAAAGAUCUGGAGCACAGAAUUGGAUGAGGAGCCAGCUUCAUCUGAGAUGGUCAGCAAAACGAUAUCAGUAAAGCGUGGACAAUCCAGUAUGUUUGCUGUGUGGGUCAGGAAGCUAGACACUGAUGAUUUCUCUCCCGUGUUAACCCUGAGGGGAGAUGCCACAGCCAAGGAUGGACAACAAACUUAUAUUGACAGGAUAGAAAAGGACGUCAGUGCUGAGCCUGAGGGACGCCAAAUCCAGAAGACAAAAGUAAUAAGUCUGGAGGCAACCGGUAGUACAGAGUUAGCACCAGUCCCUAUUUCAUUCCCAGAGAAGGCAGUGAAAGGCUCCAAGGCUGUGUACGUGUUAGCCAUGGGUGACCUUCUGGGACAGGCGCUGAACAACCCGGAGAAAAUGAUUACAGUACCUACAGGAUGUGGAGAACAGAAUAUGGCAACAACUGUCCCCAACAUUUACGUUUUACAGUAUCUCAGGGCUAUACAGGCCAGCGAGCCGAAAUUGGAGGCCAAAAUCAUACAGCACAUCAAGACAGGAUACCAGCGAGAGUUAAAUUACAAGAGAAAUGAUGGCUCAUUUAGUGCAUUUGGUAUGAGUGAUCCAGCUGGGAGUACUUGGUUGACUGCAUUUGUAUUAAAGUCUUUCACGGAGAUUCACAGCAUGUUGCCAGAUCUUGUGGACCCCCAGGUCAUGAGGGGAGCCAUGGCCUGGCUGAAUAAGCAAGUGAGUGACCGGGGGUCAGUCCAGGAGCCAGGACGGGUAAUCCACACAGAAAUGCAGGGCAGUAUGUCUGAUUCCAAAGAGAAACUAGCAGCCUUUGUUUUGUCGUGUUAUGCUGAAGUCAUGUCCGUGUUCGGGAUGGAUGAUGAUAGUGUAUAUAUUGCUGCAAAAAAGAAGACGUUGGCUGUAAAAACCUUGCUGAAAAGCAACCUUCCUUCUGCUGUGUCCAAUCCCUACUACACUGCACUUUUGACAUAUGCCCUUGCUGUAGAUGGUUCCUCAGCAACGGAGGUAUUCCAACUGAUCACAAAACUGACUGGAAGUGCCACAACCUAUAUGGACGGAGCCAAGGAAAUGAAGUGUCUGGGUCAGAAUUGUUCGGACAGCGAGGAAGAUAAAGAGGGAGCAGACCUCAGGGGAUACAGUACAAGGGACACCUCUCCUUCUAGUAUAGAGAUGACUGGGUACCUCCUGAUGACUGUGAUUAAGUUCCAGCAAUCAUAUCUGGCUCCUCCUUUCUUAAGGUGGCUCAACAGCAAACGGAACAGUCUGGGAGGAUGGUACUCCACACAGGAUACUGUGAUUGGUCUGAAGGCUAUGUCAGAAUUAGCUAAGAAGAAAGGAAACGGGAACAAGAACCUCCGGAUUGAUGUAGAAAUCACAGCCAAGCAGACCGACACUGUUUUGAAGACGGAGACAAUCCAAAUUACUCCAGAAACCCGAAUACUGUUGCAGCGAGCAGAGUUUCCAGUUGAUACAACCAGUCUGGAGAUCAAGCCAAGUCAGACAGGAGAAGCUAUUGUUACAGUUGUGUGGCAAUAUAAUCUUGUGGAUGCUUUAUACAACAAUGAACUGCAGGUGUCUGUUGGAAAAUACACAAUAAGUAACGAUUUCUACGACAUCAACCCUUGUGUGAGGUAUAUGGGUGAUACACCAAGUAACAUGGCCCUAGUUACAGUUACCAUGGGAUCGGGGAUAGUACCUGAUGUGCACAAACUGGAGAGGGAUCCUAAACUGUCUAAAGUGGAAGUGCAGGGAUCACAAGUCCACAUCUACCUUAACGAGGUUACCAAGGAGAGCCAGUGCAUGAGGUUCCGAGCUUUCCAAACAACUGAGGUGCUGGAUCCUAAAGAUGUUCCUGUUAAAGCCGUGUUAUACUACAAACCAGAAGUUUCAGCUGUUGUAUCCUAUAGCCCCUCGACGUCCAACCGGGUGAAUUUCUGCGAUGGGGAUAUCUGUGCGGGUACAGGUCAUGUGAAGUCUAGCCUCGCUGUGGUGAUCAUGGUCUCAGUGGUGGCAGCCUUUACUACAGGACCUUUCUUUUAAAGUUGUUUCAAAUCAAUGUUUGCAAUUGGUUGGUAUGAUAUCUACAAAUUGGAUAUGUGCCAUUAUUUGAACAAGUGCUCCCUUAUGAUCCAAAUGUUCAGAAUCUAUUUAUUGUAGAGUUGUUUUUAAUUUUUGUAAGCAUGAUAUGGUUGUUUUAUCCAUUGAUGAUGUGAAAAUUAUUUUCAUAUGGAGUUUUGGGCAAUUUUUCUCUUUAAUUUUUCAGAUGUUAAAAAUGAAACUGAGGAAGAGAAUUCUUGCAAUAAAUAUUUGGGAGUAAUUUUUUAAAGUUUAAGCUAAAUCCUUUUUUACGUUGAAUGUAGUGAUUUAUUGUGUACAUUUUUAUAGCAUUCCGUAGUAUGUAUUCUGUACAACAGAUGCCUAAGAUAAAGUUCAAACUGUCUGACAGCUGACUAAGUAAACACAAUUUUUUUCUCCCAAAGCAUGUCAGAGGGGACAGUUUUCACUAUUGAGAUUAUUUCUUCUACUCUGUCACAAAUGGGAAUUUGAAAAUACUGGGUUUUUUUCACAGAUAUAUUAUAAGUGCUGAUAAAUAAUAGAAAAUUUAAGGUUAAAAAAAACCAUUUGAAUUUUAUGAAUAGGUAUCGAGACAUCUUGCAAAAUUAUGUGUAGUUCAUUAGGUAUCUGGUGUAUAUAGUAAGAGUUCAGAUUUAUAGUUUCUGUAUACGCCAGCAUUUCCAGUCUUUGUAACACUCAUUGAGAUUUGCAGAAUGGCUUCACUCGAUCUAUUGUAUGUGUGUCUUACAGAUAUAGUCAUUUAUAGUUUGGAGUUACUGACUUUUCUUAAACAUUCCAUGGGGCCUUUAAUAAUGUUGCUAAUUUUUAUACUUUUGAAAUUGAAGAUCAAGGGGUGUAUUGUUUUUUAUAUCUUGAUUUUAUAACAUUGGACUAGACAAAAUAGAGACGCGACUGCUUAAUAUCAAGACCAUCCAUCAAAAUUUAGGUCAAAUUUGCCACAAUUGAAUGACCAUGCAUUGUGUUUCACAGAAAUCGAUUAAUUUUGAUUUUAAAUACAAAAAUUCAAAAUAGAUUUAUCUGGGCAAUUUUGAAUAGCAUGGAGAGCAUGUACAGGGUAAGGAUAUCAAAAAAAGGGACAUGAUAUAUAAAUAAUUCAAUGGUGUGUAUACAUACCUGCAUAUCUAUUUUUAGAAAUUGUAAUUUUGUUGUUUUGUAAAUUUUUUACAAUGUAGCCAGUAUGUUUUUGUGACAGAGCUGCAAGUAAACUACACAACACUUCUGAAAUCAAUUUUAAAAUCGCUCUUAUAGUCAUAGUUUUAAUGUGUAAAUGUUAAUGCAGUUAAUUAAACAAGCUAGGUUUCAUACGAGGUAUUUUUUUUUAUUUUUUGCAAGACUAUGAGGCAAAAGCAGCACUGAAGCAUUGGCAUGCUGGUUGUGUGCUUCAUUAUGAAAUCCAAGUUAAUCUGUAUGUAUUUUUUAUUCAAGAAUUGGAAGAGUUUUUAUUCCAGCAUCUUAAAAUGUAUAUUACAUGUAAGAUAUGUGUUUAUCACAUGUUUACUCCUCUAUCCAGUGGAUAUCAUCCAUAACUUUUAAUUUGGUUAUUACAUCACAAAUGUACAAAAACUUAACAUGGUUUGUUUAAAAACAUAUCAGAGAGCGGAAUUUCCAACAAUAAUGUUGUAAAGAUUGAUUAGAGGAUGUCAUGAAAAGAAUGACAGCUGCAGUGAGAAGUCUUGGGGACAGAAGAUUAAUAAAUUAGUGCUCGCAAACAAUGUAGUUCAAAAAUUAAGUGCAAAUAACGUACCUGCCAGCCAAAUUAUGCAGAUAACUGACCAUAAAAUGAACAACAACAGCUGUUUAAAUGAAAUCUAACACAGAAUUAUUCUGACAAUUCUUUCUAAUUGAACAGUUUCACAACUAUCCGGAUCCGCCACUCAGUUUCAAUUCACUGAAAAUAGUAUUGUUUUAUUUCGAAACAUUAAAUAACAGUGGAGCUAUGCACAAACACAACAAUAUAUGUCACAGAAGGAAUCCAAUUCCUUGUGAAUGGCAACAUUUUGGAUGGGAAAAUAAUCGUAAACAGCCAAAACAAUUCAAAUUCGUCAUCCAAGAAAGAUCAGGUGUCAUCUAUGGUGAGGUCUCAGAUGACUGACUUGAUACAAAAACAGUAAUGAAAUAGUACAAUUACAGAGUGAAAUGUUAUAUUGUGAAAAUGUUUCCUCUAAUUUGUUGAACUUCUUCUCCAACAUGAAUUGUUUGUGUAUUGUAGUAAGCACUUUUUCUUCCUGCGUAAUAAUGUUCACACGAUGUAACUACAGGGUGUUAUGCGACUUUAAAGGCUGAACAGUAAAAAUGGAGUGGGGGGGGUAUCAUGUGAUAAAGAAUCUCCCAUGGUUUGUUAUGAUUUAUAUCCAACUUUUUAUGUGUUUUCUAUCCCCUAGCCAAUGCUCAGGGAUAGAAAAACACAAAUCCUUGGAGAUAAAUCAUAUCGAACCACAAACCAUGUGAGAUCAUAUAUAUGUAUCUCUGACUAAUUGGCAAUGACUUGCAGUUUACUAACAAACAUUUCAUUAAUUAGAAAUGAAUUAGAAAAAGCUUAUUCAAAUUGUUUUGUAUAAAGAGGUAGUUGCUUCUUGUAAUAAAAUUUUCAAAAAUC